UUUUUUUUUAACCUUUUCCUGGCACUUUUUCUUAUUUCCUUGUUAUGCCCGCAUCCCUUCUGGAGUAGAAAAGGCAUAACAGCACUGGGUUCUGGAAUCCAUGAAAGUGAUGGCAUCCUCUUGCUAAAACAGCUAUUAAUAUUAUUCCCCUCUGUCCAUCCAACCGCAGGUUCUGACCCAGGCACCGCCAAAUAAAUAAGCUAAAAAGGACAUCUCUGACUCCAAAGAAGGGAAGCGGCUGUCCACGCUACCACUAUCUUAGACACCAAGAAGGACCCACGUCCACUAAGCCCGAUAACCGAACCUUUUAUCGCAAAGGGGCCGCCAGAAACGGAUUUGAUAGCAGCAUGCCUGAUGACAAUGCGCCUGUGGUUUACCGGCCUCCCACUAACAAUCCACAAAUAGCACCACCGUCUUAUUCGUCCGUCAUGGCUGUUCCUCCCUUGUCUGCAGGAGGCGCACCUCAAUACGUCGCUCAGGGUCAGGGUCAACAGCCGCCGUCACAGACCGUACAUUCCAAGAACCCACAGUCUUUGCCAUCGCCGGAAUACCGAGAUCCCAGAAGUGCGUUUACGGCUCAUUAUCUUCCGCAGCAACAGCAACAGCCACAGCACCAGGCAUUUGCGCAGGCAAUUGCAGCCAAACAGCAGCAGGCACAAAAUUUAACUCUGGUGCCGAUGCUGGUUCCGGCGCCAGCUCCUGUGGUGUACAGACCGGCUACACAUGCAGCGCCUGGACUGCAUGUCGCACCGUCAGUUAGCCAUGCUACCAUCCCCCACCAGCACCAGCGCCAGCAUCAGCAUCAGCACCAGCAUCACCAGCAACCGUAUCAGCCGCAACCUCAGUAUCCACCUCAGCAUGUCCAGCAGCAUCCACAGCCUCAGCAACAUCCGUCGCAACCACAGCCUCAGCAGCAGCACUACCAACCCUACCAACAACAUGUUGUUCACCAUACCGUGAGACCAGCGCCUGUGACAACAACAGUCUAUGCUCGACCGACGCAGCAGUUUCAGCCUAUGCACGUCCAAAUCCCUGCGCAGGUCCCUGUUCAAGUCGCACCAAGGCCCGUGUAUUUGCAGCCAGCACUAGCACCUGCACCUGCGCCAACACCAGGACUGGUUGUACACUACAAGUGUCAGCAAUGCGGAGCUCAACUCCCGUCUGCCAAUGCACCAUGCAGGAAAAUUCACGCGACCCGCACGACACAGAUCCAGACAAUGACAGGACCAGCUUAUGGCAGUGGCGGCACUAAAAGAUAUAGCACAAUCAGUCCUGGGAGCAGCAAUGGUAGCGUGAUGAUCACGACAGUCGGACCUCCAGUCCUAAUAUCGUCGCCAUUGCAACAGCAAGCACCACCCCCAGUACUGGUGGCAACACAAUCACAGUCGGUGUUGGUCUCGCCUCCGCCUCUUCAGAUCGCUACCGCGUCGUCGCAACAUAUAUCACAGCCCCAAGUUGUCUUUGUCCAGACUUCAUCCUACCCACAAACAUCAGUACUGGCUAGUCCACCGCCAACUCCGGAGAAUAACUACGGUACAGAUGCUGUUUAUUAUAAUAAUGCCAAUAAGCUCUACGGUUCAUUUGGCAGAAUUUUGAGCCAGCAAGUCCAGCAUACACAAUAUCACCAUUAUCAUCCACACCAGCGUCCACCGCAUCAUCAUACUACUCAUCAUCAUCACCAUCAUCAUCAAGGGAACCAGGAUAACUCUUCAGACGGAGAGUCAGAUGCACAGUCAUACUUUGAGAUGCUUCAACAGCAGCAAGAUGGAGGAGGCGGUGGUAGUGGAGGUGAAGGUCUGGAUCAAUCAGGGGAUUGGUUGUCCCAGGCUGGGCUGUCGUCCGGAUUGGAUAACGGAUCCUCGUCGCUGGACUUCACGAGUGUUGAUGCAAGCUCUGUAGACUUCACGAGUAUUGAUGCAGGCUAUAUAGACUUUAGUAGCUUUGGAGGCGGUGACUUCUCAAUGUAGUAACCCGGGGAGCCCGUAUGUGUACUUUGGCCUCGAGAUGACUUCUUGUGUAGGUGUAAUUGUUCAGGCAGCUUGGCGUUAAAUAAAAAUUGCCUAUUUUGGCGGCGAGGACGACACCUCUCUU